CUUAUAUCUUGUUAAAGUACUCUUUGUUUAUGAUGAUGUGGAGGAAAAUGUGUUACGUCGCACUAGUUUUAAUUUUGUACGUGUAUAAAAGCUCGCAACUAUCGUACGGCGAUAUCGACAAAAAACAUUACCUCGUAUCAGAGGCCCACAACUUGUCCAAAAUGAUCUUCAACCGAGGGAGAAAUAGUUAUAACGAGCUCAAGCAAAAGUCCUUAGAUACGAUCGACACAUUCUUAGACUUGGUGAAGAUUAUGAACGACAUAAUGGGACGUGAGUUGAGGGGCGCCAUUGUGAAGUUUUAUAAAAUAAAAUAUUUUCACGAUUUCACGAAUUAUAUGAUAUCGAUGGAGGAGAUAGUAAACAUUACGGAACAUUGUCUAAUAGAGCCUCUGGAAAAGCUGGCAGACCUCAGAGACCAGUUUCACGAUGUCAUCAAGAACUUUGAGGAUGUCCGCAACUUUGACUCGGUCAAUAAGUGCAAUGACCAGUUGCCCGAUGAGGUUGCUACAGCACAUUGUAUUCUUCACCAAGCUGUGUUAUUUAACGAGGUAAUGCAGCAGAGCCUGGGCACCAUAGUGACCGUGAAGACCCGACAACACGCCCAAGACAUGAACGAGUCCAUUUACAACGUACAAACUUGCCUCAACAACUUCGUGCCAAAGUUUUUCGACCAACUCCUGGUCGACGUUUACACAGACGAAUGCGAGUAUUUAAAGGUGGUGAACGCAUCAAUCACGGACUUGAUGAAAGAUAAAGCCAACGUGACUCACUUCCCGAGCAAGUGGAAGCCUUUAACGGAUCUGCUUAAAGCAAAACUUAAAUCCCCGAGCCACGUGUUGAACCAGCCAAUUUUUGCAACGAUAUUCGCCAUCGUCAAUAACACAAGUGACGAUGCAACGAGAAGAGUUUUACACUAGAGGGCGCCUGUAGUUU